AUAACAAUCACUUGUGAAAGAUUUGAUCUUCAAGUUGAGUUUCCCUUUUGGUUAAUUCCCAAAACCCUUCAACCCUUUUGUGUUUGAUACCCAUCAAUUUCUGGGUUCCAUCUUUAUGGGGCAAUCUUAUUCCUUGCUUUCCUUAGCAUGGGAAGAGAUUAAGAGAUACAACUUCUUUGAUUUUGUUCACAACUUCAGCUUGAUCAGUCCCAAAGUUGGGGGUGUGAUACUAAGAUCACACAGCUUCAAGAGAAGUUCAGAAACCAAAACGGAAACUGAAACCAUGACCGUCUCCGAUGAGUCUAACAAGUCGAGCCGGUUGAAGGACUGCAAGCCUGAAAAUGUAGUGUUGGAUAGGAGCCUCUCGUUUGAGGAAAUGUUGGGGGCAGAAGUAAGUAGAGGGAAAAAUGAAUUGAAGCAUAAACCGAUGCCUGCACUUGCUGUGUCUCAACCGGAGUUUAUGUUUUCGCCUCGACCGGUUAAGGAGCUUGAUGAUGCAGCAGUCACACUUCAGAAGGUUUACAAGAGUUACCGAACUCGAAGAAACCUUGCAGAUUGUGCAGUGGUGGCUGAGGAGCUAUGGUGGAGAGGCACAUUAGAUUCUCCAGCGGGGGCUAAAGAGCUAUGGUGGAAAGCUUUAGAUUCUGCAGCUCUCAAGCAGAGUUCUGUGUCAUUCUUCAAUGUUGAAAAGCCAGAAACCGCCGUUUCACGGUGGGCAAGGGCCAAGACUAGAGCUGCCAGGGUUGGAAAAGGUUUGUCUAAGGAUGAGAAAGCACAAAAGUUAGCUCUUCAACAUUGGCUUGAAGCUAUUGACCCACGCCAUCGGUAUGGACACAAUUUACAUUUCUACUAUGAUUUGUGGUUUGAAAGUGAGAGCAGUCAGCCAUUCUUCUACUGGCUGGAUGUUGGAGAUGGCAAAGAAAUCAACCUUGAGAAAUGCUCGAGGACAGUUCUACAGCGCCAGUGCAUUGAGUACCUUGGACCGAAAGAAAGGAAAGCGUAUGAAGUAGUAGUGCACGACGGGAAGCUCAUAUAUAAGCAAAGUGGGAUCCUUGUUGAUAGCAAAGAAGGUUCGAAGUCGAUAUUUGUGCUAAGCACAACAAGGGCUUUGUAUGUUGGUCCGAAGAAGAAGGGUCAGUUUCAACAUUCAAGUUUUCUAUCCGGAGGUGCUACCACAGCAGCUGGAAGAUUGGUUGCCCAUGAUGGGGUUCUUGAGGCUAUUUGGCCUUACAGUGGUCAUUACCACCCAACAGAAGAGAACUUCAUGGAAUUCAUCAGCUUCCUCCAAGAUCACAAUGUCAACCUCGCUAAUGUCAAGAGGUGUGCAAUUGAUGAUGAGUAUCCUUCCAUGAGGAAAACUGAAGGUGAACUAACAAAGAAAAACUCAUUCAAGUCGGUGCAAUUGGACGGCGCAAGCGCAACCAAUGUCAAUGACCUGACCGAGAAGGCACUGAUCGCCGCUGUUCGUUCUGAAGAGAUCAAGAAGGUUGAUGGUGGCAUUGCAAAACCACCAAUGUCCCCCAUGGGCAAUCGCUUGUCCUGCAAGUGGUCUACUGGAAAUGGAGCCAGAAUCGGGUGUGUGCGGGACUACCCUACUGACCUACAGAUUAGAGCACUGGAACAGGUCAACCUAUCUCCUCGUGUUGGUCGUGCGAACUCUGGCCCAAUUCCAUCUCCAAGGCCCAGCCCAAAGAUCCGCCUCUCACCCAGGCUUGCGUAUAUGGGCCUGCCAAGUCCAAGGACCCCAAUUGCUGCAGCUAAUUGAGUUUGAUCCACUGGUGAAAGUAAUAAGGAAAUUACUAGGGGGCACUCCUUGUGCCCAAAUAAGGAGGAGGGGGUCAAAGGGGACUAAUCCAAUUUUUUUUUCUUCUUUUGAUCCUCCUAAAAUUUUUUAGGCUAUACUUUGAUUUUUUCUGUACAUGCCUUCAUUGAGCCUAAUAGUUGUUUUUUUCUUAACACGAUUUUGAUCCCGCAAUUUUGGGUCGAGUCGGGUUUAAUUGAUUCUUUCAUUGUAAAAGAAAAAUUGGAGGCAUUUUGCUCUCUAAAUGAUAUGUGAGAAUACU